ACGCUGCUGGCGACUGGUGUAGGCGAGCUGGAGGGACAGUCGCUGGUGCUGUGUGAGCCGUUGACCGGUCGAACUCAUCAGAUUCGCCUCCACCUGCAGUGGCUCGGAUGCCCCAUCGCCAAUGAUCCGCUCUAUGGCCCUGCUGGAGUCGGAAGCACGUCCACAGCAGAGCAGUCUGCUGAUCCGCCAGGCGAGCAUGAAGCGACUUGCUCUGUCGGAGAGGCAGACAGCCAAGACGCUGUGGGCAAGCGAGACCUUGACACUGCUCUACCUCGAACGAACAAGAAGAGAAGAACAGAGCUGGGCAUCAUCUCCGAGGAAUCAGCUCGCCAUGACGAGUCGUUGAACCUCGACGCCAACGGGUGGAUGGAUGCAGACUGCAUCCACUGCCGCGCUUGUCGUGCUGAGGGCUGCAAGGGAUACUAUGUUCCCCUCAAGAAGAAGCAUGAUGACUCCAACGCCAUGCUCAUAUGGCUUCAUGCCUUGACAAACAAGGGGGCGACGUGGAGCUUCAGGACUCCUUUCCCAUCAUGGGCCGAAGAGUUUGAAGAAGCAUCGCAGUUGCUGUCAAAGAUCGAUAAGCUUGAACAGGCAAAAUGAACUCUGGCAUGCAAGACUGGCAUCCUUUAUGAU